AUGGAAAACGUGUUCGACAACAAGAAGGAGCUAUCCGUGGGGAUGCGCGUGUUCAGCUGCAUUUUCGGCGAUGAGAAAGUGACACACGGGGAGGAGGUGGCCAUAAGAGAUGGGGCAAAUGACGAGUCCAGUUCCGGGACGCAGCCAGACAACCAAAUGGCAGACGAAAACCUAAUCAGGUAUCUGUUCAAUGAGCAAAUAAAUAUAAAGGUAGGCACGGUGCGCUUCAUCGGCACGCUCAAGAAUCAUCCACAUCCGAACACCACCUUUUAUGGAAUAGAAUGGGACAACAAAAAAGCAGGAAAAAACUUUGGAGAUUUCAAUAACGAUAUUUAUUUCUUCCCCUUACACCUACUCACAAGGGAGAGAACAAAAAGAUGCUACAACGGAGGAGACCACACUUUAGAUAUGCCGAUAGAGCAAAACAAAAAAAUUGUGGAAGAACUCCGCACUUGUAAGAGGCACCUUAAGCCAUGCUCAUUUAUGCCUUUGGAAAAAAUACACGUAGGGUUAACCUUUUUUCAAGCCCUACAUUUUCGAUACAAAUAUAUUUUCACCGACUCGGAUUUGUAUGUGGAGGAUUAUCAAACGAAGAAAACCAAAAAGGUUCAAUUUAGUGGAGUCACAGAAGCGAGAAAAUAUUUUCAAAAUUUUUAUCAACUCACAAAUAUAACCCUAAAUAAAUAUUUAAUAUAUACAUGUGGACGACAUAAUAAGAUAGUUUUUCACCAACUUCGUAGUUUGUCUCUGUGUGGAAAUCUUAUAAGUCAGUGGAAGGACAUCUUUCAUAUUGUUAGCUUGGCGAAGGAGCUGUCUUACCUGAACAUUUCAGACAAUAAAAUGACACAGUUGACUCUCGAAUGUGUGCAGUGGGGCUGUGUGUGUAAAGAUAAAGAGGAGGGACAACAUCAGGAAGGUAUAGUAGAAGCAGGGGGAGAUACACUCAAAUGUAACCACUGUAUUAUGCAGGACCAUCUAAUCCGAUUUGAACAGAUUACAGAAUUAUGCAUUGACAACACCAUGAUCGAUUGGGAAGAUGUCCUAAUUUUGUCGUUUGUUUUUCCAAAUAUAGAAACUCUUAGCUUGAAGAAAAACUACCUCACGAGUAUGCGAAUGAAGGAUGUGGACCUUGCCAACUCUCCCGUCCUGCUCCAGUACGUCCAACGUGAUAAAUGUGAAAAGGGGAAUCAUGCCGAAACGCACAAUGGUUUUUCACCUGCCCGCAUCGCGCAGGAAGGGGAUCAAGGCGCGCCUUGCGUGGAAUCGAACGUGACGGCCAACGUGAUGACGAACGGGACGACAAACGGAACGGCCAGCGUGACCACCAACGAGGGACACAUACACACCUUUACCAAGCUACACAAAAUCGUACUCAACGAUAACUACCUGCACGAUUACGAAGACCUGUUUUCCUUCAUCUUCCAUGUGAAAUCGAUUAAGUCUGUCUUCUUAAAGAGGAACAAAUUUGCAGACAGCGACGAUUUAGUGACCAUUGCGGAGGGGGUAUGCUCAGGGACGAGGGAGGAAGACGGAGAAGGGGACUCCCCCCCUGAUCGACUCCAUCGGAUAAACGAAAAAUUCAGCCACCUGAAAGAGCUCCUGCUGGAUGAAAAUAAAAUCAACAACUACAAAACACUGAGAGAUUUGUUCUACGUUUUUUACCACCUGGAGACGCUAAAUUACCAGCAGAAAAAAAAAAAUUUGAAGGUGAAGAAAGACCUCCGGUUCAUAUUCGUGGCCAUCCUCCCCAUGUUGGAAACAAUGAAUCGGAGUUACAUAAACAACAGCGAGCGCGUAAACUCGGAGCGCUUCUUCAUAUCUCUUUACCAGAAGGAUGACGUCGUUAGGGUGUUUAACGAGCCCGUGCUCGGCUGCCGCCACAGCGAUCGUCUGGAGUUCUUGCACUAUGAGGCGUUGCAGGACCAAACCGGCGUCGAAGCCGCCAAAGGCAUGCAGAGUAACCUGAUCAAUAUCACCAUCAUCCCCGAAUUUAUAAAUUCAAAAAAAUACGAAAUCGUGAAGAAAAAGGUUAACAAACAUAUGAACAUAAAAGAUUUGAAGUACCUGUGUUCUCGUCUCUAUUCAGUGCCCCUCCCCAAGAUGCAAUUAUUUUACACCGACGAGGUGGGUCACUCGAUAUACGUGCAUAAGGAAAAGUACUUUAGUGGUGGAGUCUCCCAUAACAACCCUAUGUGCGUUGAAAUUGUGGACAGCAACUCGAGUCUAUACACCUACGGGAUUGACAACAACUCGAAGAUAAAAGUUACCAUGGAGCAGUAG